AUGAUGAGCAGUAAUUACUGCAGCAACAGUUCAGCCAGCAUGAGUGUCAACGAAAUGUCUGCCUUCCCUCUGACUUUAGAGCAAAAAACUGGCUUUGCCUUUGUGGGGAUUUUGUGUGUUUUCUUGGGACUUCUAAUUAUCAGAUGUUUCAAAAUCUUGCUAGACCCCUACAGUAGUAUGCCUUCUUCUACAUGGGAAGAUGAAGUUGAGGGGUUGGAUAAAGGAACAUUUGAAUAUGCUCUUGCAUGA